AUGUUACCGGAGAUUCUCCUUUCAAUAUCAGGAUCGAUGUUACCGGAGAAUCUUCUUUCAAUAUCAGGGUCGAUGAUCGAUGUUACAGGAGAAUCUUCUUUCAAUAUCAGGGUCGAUGUUACCGGAGAAUCUUCUUUCAAUAUCAGGAUCGAUGUUACCGGAGAUUCUUCUUUCAAUAUCACGAUCGAUGUUACCGGAGAAUCUUCUUUCAAUAUCAGGAUCGAUGUUACCGGAGAAUCUUCUUUCCGUAUCAGGAUCGAUGUUACCGGAGAAUCUUCUUUCACUAUCAGGAUCGAUGUUACCGGAGAAUCUUCUUUCAAUUUCAGGAUCGAUGUUACCGGAAAAUCUUCUUUCAAUAUCAGGAUCGAUGUUAAUGGAGAAUCUUCUUUCAAUAUCAGGAUCGAUGUUACCAGCGAAUCUUCUUUCCGUAUCAAGAUCGAUGUUACCGGAGAUUCUCCUUUCAAUAUCAUGAUCGAUCUUACCGGAGAAUCUUCUUUCAAUAUCAGGAUCGAUGUUACCGGAGAAUCUUCUUUCAAUAUCAGGGUCGAUGUUACCGGAGAAUCUUCUUUCAAUAUAGAAUAUAGAUGUGUUGUUGCUGCCAUUGAUCAGUACGGACGUGGCUUUUUGAUCUUUUUCUUUCUUUACUUUUUCAAAGAAAUAUUAUUCUCCCUUUUUGUCAACAGAACGCUCUCAUUUACCGCUUAUUCCAUUCUUUCUUUUUUUCUCUUUUUGUCAUUCCCCUCUCAUUUCAGCUAUACUUUCCCCACUCCUUUAUCAAUAUCAAUCUCACCUUUAAGUCUUAUUGUACCAAAUACUUCACUUUGCGUCCUUCUCACUCCCCUCUCAUUUCGACUAUUCUUUCCCCACUUCUUUAUCAAUAUCAAUCUCUCCUUUAAAUUUCCACUCUUUCUGAUUCCUUUACUUUCGCUCUCUUCUUAUUUCAACUUUAUUGUCUCUUCUUCUUUUUUCUUGUCUCGAGAGAAGAUCAAGCAAAGAAACAUCUCAUUCUUGUCAUCUUUCUUGACGCCUUCAUUUUUCAUCUCUGACCACUUGAAAAGCUUUCUUCCUUCACGCUUCUCUAUACUGGGAGAGUCCAUGCGUGCGUGGGUAAAUUACCAUAAAACUUUCUAUCUAUCUAUCUAUCUAUCUAUCUAUGUCUGUUCACAUCUAUCUAUCUAUCUAUCUUUCUAUCUAUCUAUCUAUCUAUCUAUCUAUCUAUCUAUCUAUCUGUUGUGGCUUUGUUAA